AUGGGCCCGGCGGACUGCGAGCACGUCGUCUCCGCCGUCGCCCACGUCGGCCCCAAGGCCCACUUCCCCAAGCUCAAGGAGAAGUACGAUUUAGUGGUCAUCGGCGCGGGCGUCGCCGGCCUCCUCUCCGUCAUCGUCGCCAAGAGCCUCGGCAAGAAGGCGCUGCUCAUCGAGAAGCACUACAUGGGCGGCGACUGCCUCAACGUGGGCUGCUUCCCGUCCAAGGCCCUCAUCGCCUGCGCGCGCAAGUGCCACGAGCUCAAGCACGCGGCCGACUUCGGCGUCACCGUCUCCGGCGACGUCACCGUCGACUUCGGCUUCGUCAUGAAGCGCAUGCGCGCGCUGCGCGCGGGCAUCGCGCCCCACGACGGCGUCGAGCGCUACGGCCGCGACUUCUGCGACGACGUCUGCGUCGGCGUGGCGAAAUUCGCGAGCCCGACGGAGGUCGUCAUCACGUCGCACGGGGGCGAGACGCAGUCCGUGGCCUUCGACAAGUGCAUGAUCGCCACGGGCGCGUCCGCGGCCGUCGUGCCCGUGCCGGGCCUGCGGGACUGCCCCCACCUGACGAACGGCAACUUCUUCAAUCUAGAAGCUUUGCCGCCGCGCGCGUGCCUCAUCGGCGCGGGCCCCAUCGGCAUCGAGAUGGCCCAGUCGCUCCAGCGCUUCGGCUGCGCCGUGACCAUCUUCGAGGUGGCGCCCCAGCUCCUGCCCCGCGAGGACCCGGACGCCGCGAAGCUCGUCACGGAGGCGUUGAUCGCGGACGGCGUCGAGGUCCACUACGCCGUGAAGAUCACGGGCAUCAAGCUCGCGGGCGAGCUCGCCAUGAAGGCGCCCUGGCCGACCUACGACGUCUCCGUGACGCUGAGCGACGGCACGGCCAAGGUCUUCCAGUGCGAGGCGCUGUUGAACGCGACGGGCCGCGCGCCGAACGUCUCCGGGAUCGGGUUGGACGAGGCGGGCGUCGACUACGACACGCGCACGGGCGUCCACAUCUCGGACCUCUACGAGACGUCGGCGCCGAACAUCUAUUCCUGCGGCGACUGCGCGUCGCCCUACAAGUUCACGCACGCGGCGGACUGGCAGGCGCGGUGCGCGGUGCGGAACAUGUUCCUCCAGGCGAACUCGAAGCACUCGGACCUGCUCGUGCCCUGGGCGACGUACACGGACCCGGAGAUCGCCCACGUCGGCCUCUACGAGAAGGAGAUGGACGACAAGGGCAUCGCCUACGACACCUACGUGCGCCAGUUCAAGGACGUCGACCGCUGCAAGUGCGAGGGCGUCACGUCGGGCUUCGUGAAGAUCUCCUGCGCCAAGGGCAGCGACCAGAUCCUGGGGUCGACGAUCGUCGGGCCCUGCGCCGGCGACCUGAUCUCGGAGAUCACGGUCUGCAUGCAGAACGGCAUCGGCUGCAAGGACAUCGCGGGCGUCAUGCACCCGUACCCGACGACGGCGGAGGCCGUCCGCCAGUGCGCGGCCCAGUACUUCCCCAAGCUCCGCACGCCGGCGGUCAACGCGGCCAUCGAGAAGCGCCUCGAGCAGGUCGCGACCGGCACCGUGCCCGAGAAGACGGACAUGAUGGCCGGCGCGGCGGAGAGCCUCAACAAGGCCGUCGGCGACGUGACCGCGUCCGUCACCGCCAUGUUCAAGUGA